AUGCUGUACGUCCGUUUUUUGUGGGUCGGUUCCAUGCUUGUGAUCACGACCCAAAGCUUGCUGGUGAAACAAUGCUUGAAAUCCUCGUCCGUUUUGAACGUGGUCCUGCUGGAAGACGACGUUUCGCUGUGGAGUCUGAAAUUUGUGAGGGCGGCGGUGGAAGGCGCAAUCAAGAGUGAGAACAAACUCAUCGCUCAAGCAGGUCUGAAUUUCAAGAUAACGGCUAACUAUCGCGGCUUCAACACCUCGCUGUACCGCCGCCGAGGCUGUGGCAGCAGCACGUGCGAGGGUGUGGAGAUCCUGAAAAAACUUCACAUUGAAAAUGAGGUAGGAUGUGCCAUGCUGGGCCCGUCCUGCACAUAUGCCACCUUCCAUCUGGUCGACCUGGAGAACGGCUUAAAUUUGAGCAUACCCAUCAUCUCAGCUGGUAGCUUUGGGCUGUCAUGUGACUACAAGACCUACCUCUCUCGCCUGCUUCCCCCGGCGCGUAAGGUGUCCAACUUCUUCAUCUGGUUCUGGCACUUUAUGGACGACAGCCUGAAGCCGCGCUGGGAGACGGCGUACGUCUACAAGCAGCCCGAGAAUUUAGAGGACUGCUUCUGGUACAUCAAUUCUCUUGAUGCUGCGUCAGCCCACUUUAGCUCAGUAAUACAGAGGACAGUCCUGCGCAAACCAGAUGAACUGCACUCAGCCUUUGCGAGCGGGAACAGAACGAGUAACUUGUUCAUUAUGUGUGGGAGCCCCAAGGACAUUGCCAAUUUGACAGAGGGACGCCUUCUGGACCCUGAAAUUGUGAUCCUUCUGAUCGAUCUUUACAACCCUGAGUACCACAGUGCAGCGGGAACUCCGGCUAUGAAAAACGUGCUGGUCAUAACCUCCCCUAACAUAAGGAACUACACCGAGGACUGGGUGAACAACGACACGGUACGGGAGAUUAAUGACUAUGUUGCGGGCUACCAUGACGGGGUGAAGCUGUUCGGUCUCGUGCUCAGGAACAAGAUGGUCUAUGGUGCAGACGUUGAGGAAGAGAACCCCUUCAAGAGCAUCAACUUCACUGGUAUGGGUGGGCGCUAUGUGCUAGACGAAUAUGGAGACCGGGAUAUGAAUUUUUCGGUGAUGUACCUGUCGACCACUGACAACAAGUAUAAAGUCCUGUUUGAGUUUGACACAUCUACCAACAACACGGUGGUCAUUGACACAAAGCCCACCUGGAACUGGAAGACCCCUCGCCUGCCGGACGACAGGCCCACCCUGCCCCGCCCGCUGCUGACGACUCAGGACAUCGUGGUCAUCGUCCUGGGCAUCAGUGUGGUGGUGGUCACCGGCAUCGCCCUCAUCUUCUACAGGCGAAAUGUUAAGGACCGACAGGCUCAAAAGCAGUGGUCGCACAUCCCCCCGGAACGGAUCACCCGCCUGGACAACAAGAACCUGAGCCUGGUGUCCCUCAAGAUUGAAGAGGACCGCAGGAAGGACAGCAGUCACAAUCACACAAUUCGACGGGGACGCUAUGAUCAGAAGCCCAUCAUUCUGAAGGAGCUGCAGAACACAGAGGGGUACUUCAGUGAGAUGCAGAGGAUCGAGCUCAACUCGCUCCUGCGCAUCGAUUACUACAACCUGACCAAGUUCUACGGCACGGUCAGGUUUGAGGAGGGCGUGUUUGGAGUGUUUGAGUUCUGCGAGAGAGGAUCGCUGCGGUACGUGCUGAAUGACAAGAUCUCUUAUCCAGAGGAGACAUUUAUGGACCUGGAGUUUAAAAUCUCUGUCAUGCAUGACAUUGUGAAGGGCAUGUCCUACCUCCACAUGAGCAACAUCGCGGUCCACGGUCGCCUGAAGUCCACAAACUGCGUGGUGGACAGCCGCAUGGUGGUGAAGAUGACCGAUUUCGGCUGCAACGGCAUCCUCAAUCCAAGCAGAGACCUGUGGACGGCCCCAGAGCACCUGCGUUCCCCGGGGAUCUCGCAGAAGGGAGACGUGUACAGCUUCGGCAUCAUCAGCCACGAGAUCCUGCUGCGGAAGUGCACCUUCUACACCCCCGCCUGUUCCUGCCGCAAGGAGAAGGCAAUCCGAGUGGAGUUCCCAGGCUCCUCUUCGUGUUUCCGGCCGGACCUCACCUUGGAGUCUGCAGGGGAGAGAGAGCAGGAGCUGUGUGCGCUGAUUAGGAACUGCUGGGAUGAGGACCCAGAGAAGAGGCCAGACUUCAAGAAGAUAGAGAGCUGUCUGGGCAAGAUCAUCAGCGGCCUGCACAGCCAGGGUAAUGAGAGCUACAUGGACAGCAUGAUCCGGCGGCUGCAGAUGUACUCGCGGAACCUGGAGCACCUGGUGGAGGAGAGGACGGCUCUGUACAAGGCCGAGAGAGACCGCGCCGACCAGCUCAACUUCAUGCUGCUGCCCGGGCCGGUGGUGCGGUCCCUGAAGGAGUGCGGCUGUGUGGCGCCCGAGCUGUUCGACGAGGUGACCAUCUACUUCAGCGACAUCGUGGGCUUCACCACCCUCUGCCAGUACAGCACGCCCAUGGAGGUGGUGAACAUGCUCAACGACAUCUACAAGAACUUCGACAGGAUCCUCGACAACCACGACGUCUACAAGGUGGAGACGAUCGGUGAUGCGUACAUGGUAGCGUCGGGGCUGCCCAGCAGGAAUGGGAACAGACAUGCGGUGGACAUCUCCUACAUGGCGCUGGACAUCCUGGCCUUCAUGGGCACCUUCCAGCUGCGCCACCUACCAGAGCUGCCCAUCUGGAUCCGCAUUGGGGUGCACUCAGGUCCCUGUGCAGCAGGGGUGGUGGGCAUUAAGAUGCCCCGAUACUGCCUGUUUGGAGACACAGUCAACACGGCAUCACGCAUGGAGUCUACAGGCCUACCACUGAGGAUUCACGUCAGUCAGCCCACCAUCAGCAUCCUGCAGCGCACAGACUGCCAGUUUGAGUUCGAGAGUCGGGGGGAGACCUACCUGAAGGGUAGAGGCACGGAGACCACAUACUGGCUGACAGGAGUCCAGGGGCAGGACUAUGACCUUCCGGUUCCCCCAACUGAGGAGAGCUUCCAGCGGCAGCAGAAGGAGCUUCCCCGCAUGAUCGAGUCCUGCCUGGAGAACCGCUCGCUGGGAAGCAGGAAGGAGCAGCGGAAGACCCUCUCCACACGGCAGAGGAGGAGGGAGAAGGAGGAAGGUCAAGCUGACCAGCAGCCCGAGUACCUUCACCUGGUGGACAACCUCAUCACAGACAUGUAGACCCUCACACAAACCAGCACAUACAUGUAGACCCUCGCGCAAACCAGCACACACAUGUAGACCCUCACGCAAACCAGCACAUACACGUAGACCCU